CUCAGGACUCCCGCAAUAUACCCAUACACCACCAGAACGCGUCGUGAGAAUGUCAGACAUCCAGCAGUACCUGCUGGACCAUGACAGGAAUAAGAAGGAAGCUACAGCAACCGCACAACGGAGCGCGACGCGAUUAAAGAAUGGCGAAUUGAAGCUCAUAAGUCUGAUUACGGACCUUGGAGAGUACCUCAAUAGCGAGGAUGGACCAACACGGUCGAAGACGAUGUCGUACCUCGCGGAGGUGCUGGCUUCCACUCCACAGAAGGUGCUAUCCCUACAGCAAAGAAAUCUUCUCUGCGACUUCAUCCUCUCCCGAACCGAGGAUAACGAAGGUUUAGGUUCCAGCGCAAAGGCACUACUAGCGUUGGAAGAACUAGCAAAAUGGGACGACCAAAGGGUGGUCAGCAUCGUCGAGGCUCUUCUCACCAACACACACCCUCUGCGCCAGUUCAAGCAGCAGAGCGAACGGUGCCCGGUCUUGCGAUUAAUUGACACUUUGAUGGCAAAGUACCGCGAAGCGCUCCGAGCUCAUCACGAAACCACCCCCGGUUUCAUGGCACGCUUUAUAUCGUACUUUGAUGGUGAAAAGGAUCCCCGGAACCUGAUGAUGGUCUUCUCAAUUCUGAGAGUGCCUAUGACGGAGUGGACUAUUGGUGCAGAUGCGCAAGAUCUGUUCGAUGCAGUCUUCAACUACUUUCCCAUCACUUUCCGCCCACCCCCUGAUGAUCCAUAUGGUAUCACCGCUCAAGAUUUGAAAGAUCGCCUGCGAGACUGUAUUUCGUCAACAGCUGAUUUUGCGCCCUACGCUUUUCCGGCGCUCCUAGACAAGCUGGACUCGACGUCCAUGAACACAAAGCGAGAUGUCCUUUCAACUAUCACCGCUUCAGUGAAAGAGUAUGGACCCCGAACGGUAUCACUUUACUCGAUAACCUUGUGGGAUGCUUUGAAGUUCGAGAUUCUCAACGUGCAGGAAGAGGACCUUGCCCAAGAAGCUUUGACAGGUUUAGCCACAAUCGCAAGAACGCUGUCGCAGGGAACAACAGGUCCACUCAACGCUUACCUGAGACCGAUCAUCAAGGAAUGCAAUGAGCACCUAGAAGAUGCACCAACAAAGCAGUCGCAAGCAUCAGCACGCAUAUUGCAUAAAAUCGCCGAUGUAUCGCCUGAGGUCACCAACAUCCUUCUGGCUGGAGUAUUACCCAGUCUCUUUGUGCUAUUCCAAACCGCGGAUACCAUGGCAAAGCGAAGAGGAUUACUUGAGGUUCUUAUCCAACUUCUUCGAGCAAAUAUCGACGUUUAUGGAGAUUGGCAAACGAUUGGCCCUGGUGGAGAACAAGUGGGCAACAAUGCGCUGGCUCAAUUCCGCGACCAGGCCCUAGAGGUCAUGCUUAAUGGACUCGAGACUGCUCCCAGCAAGGAAGUAUCAUUUCGGCUGGUGUCUCUUGAUGGUUUGAUCCAGCUGUCAAAGGCACGACAGCUACUAAGCGACGAGGGUGUCGGACGCAUCAUUCAGCUGUUACACACCGUUGUAAUCUCUGACGAAUCGUAUGGCAAGGACGACGUCAAGGAAGCAGCAAUCAACGGCCUCGUCGAGAUCGCACAUCAAAAGCCCCAAGUCGUGGUCGACAAAGCCUUCCCAGCUUUCCUGGCUCAACUCCCGGAUACUGAUGCCGAUGGAUCACAAGGUUACUCGACUGUUCUGGGGGCCUUUGCUAGGCUCGCAAGCGAGGAACAAGUCUUUGAUACCGUCCUCUUACGAUUAAAGAAUAAGCUUACUUCGGCUGUGAAGCAGGGUGCGUCCUCGGCAUACAUUGUCGCGCUAUUAUCAGCAAUCUUGUACGCGCUCAAUAAAGGUGAAGGCAGGCUAUCGCAAAACCCGAAUAUCUCAACACACUACAAAGACAUCGCCCUUCCUCUGCUCAAGCGCAUAGCAAGUUCGGAUGCAUCCCAUCCGACAGCUUUCAACGAUGAGUCCACACUGGAUCUCGUCGGCCGCAUAUGCAAUCUCAUCAUUAGGGCGCAGCCUACUGAGCUGCAAAACAUUGUUGCUGCAGAGCUGUAUACACUUUACCGCGAUAAGCCACAGACAGAGUUACCACCGUUCAGCGCAAAUGCGUCAGCAGAUUCGCAAAAGACCAUGAUUGUUCCUACACACCUCGUCGCCUCCUUCCGGAAAGAGACUACUCUUCCCUGCGAGCUUCAGCUUCUCGUCUCAACUCUUGCAAACUACGCUCAGCAACCUGUUCUCUCACCACACGUCCGAUCAGCCACCCUUCGCCAAAUGUCACUAGUCAUCAACAAGUACUACACCACGUCGGCACUGAAGACAUGCAUGGACCCUCUUAUCGCCGACUUUGAUCUCUUCAAUCCUGACAAGCUCGACCCGCCACGGAUACGCAUUAUCUUCGCAUGCCUCAAAGGCAUCGUGUUGAGAAGUAGCCCCGUGCUCAAUACUCUUUACCCUACACUGCUCUCAUUACUGUCACAUCCGAAGUAUGGAAGCACAGUCGCGCAGGGUUUCUCGACGCUUCUUCAGCCUGAUGACUUACUCACCAAGCAAAAUCAUUGUCAGAUACUGGGUCUGCAUAAGCAUAAGACCUUUGCACUGCUGGUUCCGAAUAUCACAAAGGCCUUCAGGGAAGCGACUCUAGAGACCAAGCCAAAUUAUCUCAUUGCGCUUAGCGGGGCAUUGAGGUGGAUGCCAUUUGACAUUGUCGUUGAAGAGGUAGACCAGCUCGUUACUCUCCUUCUGCAGUCGCUCGAUUUGAAGGGCGUGGAUAUCGUUAAAGAAGCAGCAAUUGGUACACUCACAUCUACACUCAUCGAGAAGCCACAGGCCCUCGAAGAGCACAUUGGGGCCCUUAUUUCUCGCUUACUGGCCAACGCCACCGUCAGUAAGAACCAGAGCGCACCACCUCCCCCAGCGGUCCGUGUUGCAGCUCUUAGGUGUCUGCACCUGGCCGCCGAGAAAUUCAAGGAGGAUCAGAUCUUGCGAUAUAGGAGAGAAGUGGUCAAGAGGCUAAUAGCUGCACUGGAUGAUCGAAAGAGAGAGGUGCGCAGUGCCGCGGUGAGAUGCAGAGCUAAGUGGUUGGAGGCCGAUGAGCCAGAUGAUGAUUAGGUUUGGUAGCGUCCGGAUAUCUUUCAGGUCUGGUAGUACCUGGAGGUUUAGUAAAUGCAAGCAUGUGUAAAGCCAUUCAGGCGAGACUUUGGUAGAUUGAUAACUGAUACCAUUGACUUUUGAGACGCCUAUUGCCUGAGUAUCCCAGGUGGUAUAACCCUGAUAACACCAGAAAUGCCCGAACGCCAGCCCAUGCAACGUCAUCCUUUGAUCUUCUUUCCAUGAUUCAGAACAAUUCUAGACCUUCACCUUCUUCAGUGUCGUUGUAUCGUCUUGCGAGCCCGCGUCCUCGA